AUGACUUCGGAUACGAUUGCCGCAGGAAAUACAAUUGUACCACCUCAAAAUGAUGAUAUUUGUAUUAUAUGUAAUAAAAGGAUGCGGUAUUGUAAAAAUUUCUCCAUUCAUGAAGUUUUGCCUGAGAGUGAUCCACCAAUAAAGUUGUAUGAGGCCCUCAAAUUGUUAUCAAAUUUUGUGCAAUUGAAUCAUGAACAGUGUCCACUACAUGCUUGUGGCAGCUGCUUUAGGAAAGCUGUUCAAGCACACAGCUUUCAAAGAAUGUGUAACAAGUCUGUUGAAUACCUCAGUAGUUGCAUGUCACAUCUGGAGGAUAACAAACAGUUGAUCCAUGAGUAUUCUGCAGAUGAUACAAUUAUUACAGUUAAUCAAGACAACCAUGAAGCAAUUGAAGAUUUAAAAGACACUGCCCAGUUAUUGAGUGUUAAGAUUGAUGAAAUUUCAUCCACCAACAAUGUUGAAAAUGAUGAUGAUGGUGAUGAAGAUUCAGUAGGUAUUGAUGACCCAGAAGAUUUAGAAGCAGAGUUUUCAUCAGAGAGUGAAGAACUAAGUUCGAGGAUAGUGAUUUUGAAUCUAGCAAAAAGAAAAGAAAAAAGCAAAGUAAUACAAGGCGUCCAAAGAAAGAAAAGUUGCAAGACAAUAGAAAAUGCCGAGCUGAAUGUGAAUUUUGUCAUAAAACCUUUCGAACUGAUUAUCUCCCAGUACAUAAACGAAUUCACACAGGUGAAACGCCAUAUACAUGCAAAAUCUGUGGAAAGAAAUUUAAAUGUUCUUUUGAGUGCAAUAAACAUAUAAAAGUGAGGCAUAAUGACAAUUGUCCGUUUUUGUGUCCGAUUUGUGGCAAAGGAUUUAAACUGAAUGCGCUUUUAAUUGCACAUAGUAUUAUACAUGAGCAGGGCAAGUUUAUAUGCGAUAUUUGUGGCAAAUCGUUCCGCAGAAAAUUUCAGCGCCAGGAGCAUUACGUUACGCAUACAGGCGACAAGCCAUUCCUGUGUGAUGAAUGCCCAAAACGAUUUGGUACACGGAAGCAUCUGAAACAACAUCAAGUCAUUCAUGCUAAAGUUAAGCCGAUACAGUGUGAGUUUUGUGGUCGACGCUUCACUCAAAGGCAUGCCCUCAGAUCGCACGUAGUUAAAAGUUGUAAAGGAAAAGCGAAUCAUGAAGAAUUUUCUUCUUCAGCCAUGACAACUAACCUUCAAAUGCCUGUUGAUUAGACAACUAUUAUCAGAUAAUAUGAAGCAAAGGCUGAGAUUAAUACUAUUUAAAUGUUACAAGUAUUUUACUUCAUUAUACAUUUACGAUCAAAUCAUGCAAUAAUUUAUAAAGCAAGAUCUUCAUUUAGCUAGUAACUUCAGAGAUUUUUUAAGGUUAUGUAUUUUUAUAUCAGUAUAAAACAAUUUAUAUUUAAGAUUUAAAGUGUUUCUUGAAUUUUUAUAAAUUGGUGAUGAAUAUGUGGUGCUACUGUUUAUAUUUUAAUAGUAGAUAAAUAUUUAUAUUUACAGAGUUCAACAUAUGGUUUUAGGUGUAUUAUAAGGUUAUGUGUUCUCAUUUGUUGAAAAAUAAUAAAGAAAAGCGUUUAACUUA